AUGGUCAAUCGAAAUAAACUUCGAGAAGUCUACAACGACCUGAAGAAAGUGCUUACAUGGAAUUAUUUGAAAGGAAUUAUAGUAAACCCGUCUCAGUUACACAUAGCUUGUUUCCUUAUAUUAAUCGCUGAAUUAAUAUUAAAUAUACUGGUAGUGGAAAGAGUGCCUUAUACUGAAAUAGAUUGGAAAGCUUAUAUGCAAGAAUGUGAAGGAUUUCUAAAUGGAACCCUCGAUUAUAGUAAACUUCGUGGUGAUACUGGUCCAUUGGUGUACCCUGCAGGUUUCGUCUACAUCUAUUCUAUAUUCUAUUUCCUCACUAACCGUGGUACCAAUAUAAAACUAGCUCAAUAUUUAUUCAUUUUCAUCUAUCUAUUGUUAUUAACUUUAGUUUUAAGAAUUUAUAAGAAAACUCGGAAAGUGCCUCCAUAUGUAUUAGUUAUAACAAUUUUAACUUCAUAUAGAAUACAUUCAAUCCAUGUCUUGCGUAUGUUUAACGAUCCUGUUGCUGUUCUAUUUCUGUAUGCAUCCCUUAAUUUCUUUUUAGAUUCGAAAUGGUAUUUAGGCAGUCUCUUUUAUAGUUUAGCAGUUUCUAUAAAGAUGAAUAUACUUCUUUAUGCUCCAGCACUAUUUUUCUUUUAUCUAGUAAACCUAGGGCUAAAAGGAACAAUAAAGCAGUUACUACUGUGUGGAGUAACACAAUUAGUGUUAGGGAUGCCAUUUUUACUAGUAGCUCCUAUAGCAUACAUUAAGGGUAGUUUUGACCUGGGUAGAGUGUUUAACCACACUUGGACUGUUAACUAUAGAUUUUUAGACAUUAAAACAUUUGAGAGUAAAUUCUUUCAUUUAACAUUGUUAGGUAUUCACAUAAUGCUUUUAAUUUUAUGUUUACCAAUGUGUAUAAAAUAUUUUCAAAGUUAUUGCCGAUUGAAGUAUGUACAAAGACAAGUACAGCCCCAAAUUGAUGCUAAAAACAGAGAAAAUAAGAAAAGAGCAAAGUUGAGAAAAGAUGUUAAAAAUAAUUUGAAUCAACCUGAUGAGACACUCUCUAAAGAACAAGAAGCGUUCCUUAAUUCUUUUGAAGCUAUGCUUAAAAAUUCAUCACAAAAAAGCAAACCAGAUAAAGCGAUAAAAGAGCAUGAAAAGGAAAAACAUUUUAGUAUUAAUUUUGAUAUCUUAUCUCAACUGUUUAUUCUUCCAAUGUUUUUGGUUAAUUUUAUAGGUAUUGUAUGUGCUAGAAGUCUCCAUUAUCAAUUCUAUUCAUGGUAUUUUCAUACUUUACCUUAUUUAUUAUGGUGUACCAAUUAUUCCGUUAUUGUUAGAUUCUUAAUACUGGCAUUAAUAGAACUAUGUUGGAAUACUUAUCCUAGUACAGAUCUCACAAGUGCCCUUCUACAUGUAUGUCAUAUCAGUAUAUUGUAUGGAGUUUAUAAGAAAAUGGCUACAGAAUUAAACAUUACAUCAAAACUAACAUAA